AUGCACGGCUACAGCCGGCUCGGCAAUCCCCGAGCCGCCGGCUCUCCGCCGUCCUCCCCACGCUGCCGCCACGGCCGAAACAAGAACGCCGGCGGCAGAGGCCCCAAGCAGAGCAUUGUGGAGAAAGUUGUGGUUUUGCUCAUUUCGGUCGUUUUUAAGCGCCGAGGAGUGCUUUUGUUCGCGCCAUUGUUGUACAUUUCGGGGAUGUUGUUGUAUAUGGGCUCGGUGAGCUUCGAUGUAGUUAGUUUGAAAAACGCUGUUGUUGUUGUUAGUAAGCGGUCGCCGCCGGGCUCCUUGUAUAGGAGCCCUCAGGUUUUUCAGAAGCUUUGGCCUUAUAUGCAGGCUGAGAGCAAUCACACUCACAAUUUUUUGAUGACAGUGUGGAAUUCAAAAGUGCAUCAAGUUUGGAAGCCUUGUAUUAGCAAAGAUACACCAAAAGAAGGAACAGCAUUACCAAAGUCAAAUGGUUUAUUUAUAAUUGAAGCGAAUGGUGGGUUGAACCAGCAGCGCUUAUCGAUAUGUGAUGCAGUUGCUGUGGCUGGACUUUUGAAUGCAACUCUUCUGAUCCCAAUUUUUCAUCUAAAUAGUGUUUGGAGAGACUCAAGCCACUUUGGGAACAUAUUUGAUGAAGAUUUCUUCAUUCAUGCUCUCAGAAAUCACGUGAAUGUGGUCAGGGAGCUCCCAGGUGAUAUACUUGAGCGGUUUGACAAUAAUAUAAGCAACAUUGUGAAUUUGAGAGUGAAAGGUUGGUCAAGUCCAGCUUAUUAUCUUCAAAAGGUCCUCCCAAAGUUGGAGAAAAUGGGGGCUGUGCGCAUUGCACCUUUUUCCAACAGAUUGGCUCAUGCAGUUCCUUCAAAUGUGCAAAUGCUUAGAUGCUUAGCCAAUUUCGAAGCACUGCGGUUCUCAAAUUCUAUAAGAAUUCUUGCAGAUAAAAUGGUUGAUCGAAUGAUUAAAAGUAGCUCCCACAGCGGGGGAAAAUAUGUUUCAGUACAUCUUCGAUUUGAAGAGGACAUGGUUGCAUUUUCUUGCUGUGAAUAUGAUGGUGGGGAGGAAGAGAAACGUGAAAUGGAUAUUGCUCGAGAAAGAGGUUGGAGAGGAAAAUUCAGGAGAAGGGGUAGAGUAAUAAGGCCAGGUGCAAAUCGUGUGGAUGGGAAAUGCCCUUUAACCCCAUUAGAGGUAGGAAUGAUGCUCAGGGGAAUGGGAUUUGAUAAUACCACUUCAGUAUACAUAGCAGCAGGCAAAAUUUAUAAAGCAGAGAAGUACAUGGCUCCUCUUAAGCAGAUGUUUCCACGCUUGGAAAUGAAAGACACACUGGCUACUGCAGAAGAACUUGCUCCUUUUCAGGGCCACUUAUCUAGAUUGGCUGCUCUUGAUUACACGGUUUGCCUUCACAGUGAAGUAUUUGUCACCACCCAGGGUGGAAAUUUUCCACACUUCUUGAUGGGUCACAGGCGGUAUCUCUAUGGUGGACAUUCGAAGACAAUCAACCCUGAUAAAAGAAAAUUAGCACUGUUGUUUGAUAAUCCCAGUAUCAGAUGGGAAGAUUUCAAACGACAGAUGCAAGACAUGCUUCGCCAUAGUGACCAAAAGGGUGUUGAACUGAAAAAAACCAGUGCGUCACUAUUUACAUUUCCCAUGCCAGAUUGUAUGUGUAAAGAAUCAGAAGCUAGAAACGAAAACAGUUACGCGACAAACAAGACUGAUUUCAAUACAUAA